AUGGACAAGAAUAAGCCUCCACAGAUUUUUCAGAGGUUGUAUGUCUGUUUUGAGGGAUUGCAAAAAGGUUGGAUGGAGGGUUGCAGAAAAAUUAUAUAUGUUGAUGCUUGCUUUUUGAAGACAUUAUUAGGGGGACAGUUGAUGUCUGCUGUAGGCAGAGAUGGGAAUGAUCAGAUGUACCCAAUUGCUUGGGCAGUGGUGGAGGGUGAAAAUAAUACUUCAUGGGAGUGGUUUCUGAAUAACCUCAGCAAAAGCCUUAAGCUUGGUGAUGGCAUUCUAAGAGGGGUUAGUGUGACACUCCCUCAAGCUGAGCACAGACAUUGUGCAAUACAUAUUUUUUCAAAUUGGCACAAGAAUUUCAGAGGUGAUGAAAUGAAAUUGAUGUUUUGGAGCUGUGCAAAGUUAUAUAGUGAAGCUGACUAUAGAGAUUCACUUAAGAAUUUGGAGAUAGCUAAUGCUGCAGCUGCUGCAGCCUUCAAAAGUUACAACCCAUAUGUCUUCUGCAGGGCGUUUCUGAAAACUGAUGUGAAGGCAGAUGCCAUCACAUCUAACAUGGCUGACACAUUUAAUGGGUAUAUCAUUAAUGCUAGGGAAAAACAUUUGCUUUAUAUGUUGGAGGAUAUAAGGGGAGCUUUAAUGAGGAGGCUGGUGAUUAAGAGGCAGGAAAUGGAAAAAUGGAAAAGUGUUUUAUGUCCAAGGAUUCAGAAGAAGCUAGAAUCAGAGAAAGGGGAAGCUGCUAAUUGUGAGGUCAUUCCUUCUUCACAGACUGUGUUUCAAGUGAGCCAUAUCUUGGACACUAUGUAUGUGGACUUAGAAAAAAGAAUUUGCACGCGCAGAAAAUGGUACAUGUGUGGGAUCCCAUGUUGCCAUGCAGUGGCUCCAAUUUAUUUUUUUCAUAAGAAGGCAGAAGAUUAUGUUGAUGAGUGUUAUAAGAAGGAGAUGUACUUGAAAACAUAUGGGAAUUCAAUCCCUCCAAUUGAAGGUGAAAGGCAUUGGCCUCAAUCAGAGUUGAGUAUGGAUCCACCCCCCAUCAAAGUGGGACCAGGAAGGCCAUGGAAGAGUUGA